UCCAAGAUUUCCAGUAUUUUGUUGUUAUUGACUUUGAGGCAACAUGUGAUAAAGAAAAGAAUCCUCACCCUCAGGAGAUAAUAGAGUUUCCAUCAGUGAUAGUGAAUAGCACGACUGGGCAGCUGGAGGCUUGUUUUCAAACUUACGUGAGGCCAACAUGCAAUCAUCUACUGAGUGAUUUCUGCAAGGAUCUGACUGGUAUCCAGCAAAUUCAGGUUGACAGAGGUGUUACUCUAAGUGAAGCUCUCCUUAGGCAUGACAAAUGGCUUGAGAAGAAAGGGAUAAAGAAUACCAACUUUGCAGUUGUCACAUGGUCCAGUUGGGAUUGCCGUGUGAUGUUGGAAUCAGAAUGCCGAUACAAAAAGAUCAGGAAGCCUCCUUAUUUCAAUCGUUGGAUCAACUUGAAGGUUCCUUUCCGUGAAGUUUUUGGUGGCGCGAGGUGCAAUUUGAAAGAUGCAGUCCAAAUGGCUGGCCUAGCAUGGCAGGGCCGUGCUCACUGUGGUCUGGAUGAUGCCAAGAAUACAGCUCGCUUGCUUUCUUUUCUCAUGCACAAGGGGUUUAGAUUCUCUAUCACCGAUUCCCUUAUGUAUCAACCUAAUGAUGAACCCCUUACAUGGAAGCUGCCCCCAGAUCACCCGUCAUUUCCCUCGUAUCAACCUCAAAAGAUGAUAGACGUGCCUUCUCCAGUAUUGCAAAAUCAACCUUACUGUUUCUGUGGAGUAAGGAGCAGCAAAGGGAUGUUCCGCAAACCAGGUCCAAAGCAAGGAAGCCUCUUCUUCGGGUGUGGGAAUUGGACUGCUGCUAGGGGUGCCUGUUGCCAGUAUUUUGAAUGGGCCCUGUCCUGAGGGACUGGAAAAAAGACGUAACUUAUUCAGCCUUGAUCACCGUCACAACUCUCUCUCUCUCUCUCUUACUCUCUAUGUAAAAAGUGAAAUGGAUAGACUGUUUGAGGAAGUGAAUCUACACUGUUCUUGUGGAGGUUCUCACUUCCGACCAAGUAAAUAUGGAUUAGUUCAAUCAAAACCCUUUGUUUUCCUGUUAAUGCUUAUAAGCUCUGCAGUCAACUUAGGGGAUGAAAGAUGGAAUGAUCCAAACCAGUUUAAAACUGACUUGUCGACAGUGAUUUGAACUCUAUGGAGUUGGGUAAUGGUGUAGUUAGAAGCAUGCAUUGACAUGCCUGGACAUGUUUUCUUGUGUUUAAAUAACGUAUGAGCAUUUGCUAUUCAAUGGGAAUGACGGAGUUGCUUGCUCAUAA